AGCAGGCCGCUGUUUGAGAAUUAAGUGAAAUAGUGGGCGGCGAUCUGUUAAUCUCUCAAUUUUUGAGCGGUGUGCUGCUAUUUGGUAUCUUUUUCUCAAUGGGUUAGAUCUUGUUUCUGGUUUUCGACUUUUCGGCAUUUUUGCCGCGACCUGCGUUUGACAGUAUGAAGGUCUGAGUCUUUUCCCGACUUCAGACCGGGAACAUUUUGAAGGUUGUUUAUGAGAACUCGAUUUUCUUUGUUUUGGUGUCUUAGUUGGUAGCGAUGGCGUGGGUUAGCCUAGACUUUUAGGGAGAUCGUUCGUUCGUACGGGGGAUUUGAGUCAAACAACUGAAGUUUGAUGUUGUGGAGAUGCAGAGCCCAAUGCCGAACCACCCAUUUCAUCUUCUCCGUCAGUUUCCUCAGAAGCAUGACGACUUCGUGCCGGCCAAUUCAUACGUGUGAAUCUGAAGCAGGAAGCGGUUACGGCGACUUGACACGCACCUUUCUUACAGCUCCUUCGGAUUCUUGCAUUUUCUCGAGGAAACUAGAGGAUGUAAUGGCCGUUAUUGUUGAUAACAAGGGUUUUGAGGGUAUUAGGGCUUCCAAUCUAUGGAACGAGGAUUUGGUUGCAGCAUGUUUGCGGUCCUUUCCGAGGAUUUACUUUCAGAGCGAAAGGUCGGUUGGAUGCCAGAAGGGCUUCAGGAGAAGGUCUCCUUUGAAACAGAGGAAUCUGUGGCAAGAAUAUAAGGAUUCAAGCAAUGGAGUUAGAAUUUAUGGUCCUGCUGCCUAUAGAGAUCAGCGGAGAGUACUCGAGGGCGUGAAUAAAGCGUUGAACUUCUACACUUGGGUUGAAUCAGGGGGAGGUUUCACCCACACUGACAUCACUUGCAGAGAGAUGGCCUACGUCUUGGCCAAAGCGAACUGCUUGAAGAAGCUGUGGCAAUUUCUUCACGAAAUGAGCAGAAGGGGUGCCCCAAACGAGCUGGUGAAGACGGCUACUAUAACUGCUGUCAUCAAGGUGCUGGGGGAGGAAGGCCUGGUGAAGGAAGCGUUGAUGGCAUUCUACAGAAUGAAGCAAUUCUGGUGCAAACCGGAUGUGGUUGCAUACAACACUGUGAUUGUAGCACUAUGCAGAAUAGGAGACUUCAAGAAGGCGAAGUUUCUUGUUGAUAAAAUGGGGGUUCCUGGGUCUAGAUGUCCGCCUGAUGCAUUUACUUACACAAUUUUGAUUGGUUCUUACUGCAAGCAUAGCAUGAAAACUGGUUGCCUGAAGGCGAUUAAGCGGAGGCUAUGGGAAGCUAACCAUCUGUUCAGGAUCAUGCUGUCCAAAGGGCUUAAACCUGACACAGUUACCUACAAUUGCUUGAUUGAUGGACUCUGCAAAAAUUAUAGGAUAGGAAGGGCACUUGAACUCUUGGAUUCAAUGAUCACUAGCGGAUGUUCUCCGAAUAGAGUGACCUAUAACUCAUUCAUUAGGUACUAUAGUACUGUUAAUGAGAUUGACAAAGCAAUAGAAAUGUUAGUCCUUAUGACCACGAGGAACCAUGGUGUACCCACUUCAAGUUCUUAUACCCCAAUCAUCCAUGCGUUAUGUGAGAGUGGUCGGGUAUGUGAGGCACGUGAGUUCCUGGUGAAGAUGGUUAAGGGUGGAUCAGUUCCUAGGGUGUAUACCUAUAAUCUGGUAAUAGAUUCAUUGCACUCAGCUGGUGAAUCUGGAUUGCCAGAUGAAGUUCGUCGUACAAUUGAAGAUCAGAUUGAUAUUAGAUUCAGGACUAUAAAGAAUAUAAAGCCAAUAACAUCAGACUACACACACUUCCAGAGGGAUUCAUAGAGAUAAUUUAGUUAGGUUGGAUGAAUAAUCAUGGCUGCUAACCUGCCUUAUCAAGCCUCAUCCGGAUGACAUAUUAAUGGCCCCUGCAAAGUAAGCAAAUCAUUGGUUCAAGGUAGUCCCAGGAUUGAUGUGCUGACCAUUCUCAUGUUAUAACUAUUGCACAACAGUUUUGUGUUUCAUCAAAAGUUGAGAAAGUAUGGAGGUUGUGAUUUAUCAAUCAUGGAUUCUUUAAAAAACUUAUUUGUUACAGGGUACAUUGCAAAUAUCCAACGACUAGAAUAUUCCGCUAUUUCUGUAAAAUUUAAAUUGUCGUUUCAAACUAUGAACUUUGUGUGAUCAUACAUACAAUGCUGUCUGAAUCUUUUAUGCAGCAAGCUGUUUCUGCUGUCAACAGAAAAGAGUCAUUUUCCAAGCCCGUCACAUUGUUGUGAAGGAAAACCUGCAUAGUAGCUCAUUUGCAGAGGGAGCCAUCAAGUUGUUAUGUCUUAAUCAGAAGAAGGAGUUGAGGGGAAAGCUAAUGUCCUUCCAUGCACGUUUAAGGUUUAUGGGCUGUCUUCCUCGUAAUUAGCUGGAGUCUAGGGUUUAUGAUGUUCAUACACUAAAGGAAUUACUGUGGGGCCAAACAUAAUUGGUGUUGCAGGCUUUCUAUAUCUGGCAUCUGUAACAUGAUCAUGUCUGUGUUUCAGUUUCUGGUGGUCUUAUUUGUCGAAUAUGACAUAACUUGUUGGUGCUAGCCUUGUUUUGAUGCUGUCCUACACGAGCUGUUAUGAAAACCUAUUAUACUAUUCAAAAUUUGAAAAGGAUGUGCUAGGCCCACACUUGAUCAUGAUUAGCUCUCUGUGGAUAUGCACGAACAUGGAUCCACAUUGGUGCUCUGAAUUUCUUAUUGGGGUCCAGCUGUUUCAUCAUGAAGAUUAUGUAAGCUACGGUUUGGACAUCUGACCUACUCUUUGCUGCCUAUUUAAGUUUGUUUCCAGUGGACGAGUUUGAUUCUUCACCUGAUUAAUUUCGUA